UCCAAAGUCAAGUUUUUUGUAAAAGGUGCAACAUUUGAAAUUGAAAUGUCCGACGGCCAGGAAAACGUCCCCGAGGGCUGGGAGAAGCGCACCAGCCGGUCCACAGGAAUGACCUACUACUUGAACGUGUACACCAAAGAGUCGCAGUGGGACCCGCCGACGAAGCCGGCCAGCCCGGGGGACACCACGUCGGAGGUUCAGUGCGCCCACCUGCUGGUCAAACACCGCGACUCGCGGCGGCCGGGCUCGUGGCGCGAGGAAAACAUCACCCGCAGCAAGUCCGAGGCGCUGCAGAUCCUGGAGGGGUACCGCAAGCAGAUCCAGUCCGGCGAGGUCACCCUGCCGGAGCUGGCCCAGAAGUACUCGGACUGCAGCUCGGCCAAGCGGGGUGGCGAUUUGGGGAUGUUCAAGCGCGGGAUGAUGCAGAAACCGUUCGAGGAUGCGGCCUUCGCGCUCAAGGUGGGGGACAUGUCGGACGUGGUGGACACCGACUCCGGGGUGCAUUUGAUCUUGAGACUUAAGUAAGGCGGAGGUGGGAGCUGUGUGAGAUUAUCGCGUGCCCCGGGAAGGA